GUCAUCGCCUGAGCAGCAGACAUGGCGACGUCCCUGAUCUGCAGCCGUUUGACGGCUAGCCUGAGGAAUUCGGGGACCAGAGGCGCGAUUAGCUCCGGUUCCAAGGUUCUGGCGGGUUCUCCGAGCCUGUUUGGAGGCCAUGCGUCAUCGUCGUCUCCGCCGAUGCAACAGCAGCAGCAGAGGAGCCUGUCCCUGCACGAGUACAUGAGCAUCGGCUUGCUGAAAGACGCCGGCAUCUCCGUGCCCGCCGGCUUGGUGGCCAGCUCUUCAGAUGAGGCCUACACUGUCGCCAAGCAGAUCGGUUCCAAGGAUCUGGUGGUAAAAGCUCAGGUGCUGGCGGGCGGCCGAGGGAAAGGAACGUUCGAAGGUGGACUGAAGGGAGGUGUCAGGAUUGUCUACUCGCCCGAGGAGGCGCGGGACAUUUCCUCGCAGAUGAUCGGUCGCAAGCUGUACACCAAACAGACUGGCGAGGCAGGUCGCAUAUGUAACCAGGUGUUCAUCUGCGAGAGACGCUACCCGCGCAGGGAGUACUACUUUGCCAUCACCAUGGAGAGGUCCUUCCAGGGUCCCGUGUUGAUCGGUAGCUCGCAGGGGGGCGUCAACAUAGAGGACGUGGCUGCAGAAAAUCCCGACGCCAUUGUCAAGGAGCCCAUUGACAUUGUCGAAGGCAUUAAAAUGGAGCAGGCACUGAAGGUGGCACAGAAGAUGGGGUUCCCGCAGCUGCUGCAGAAGGAGGCAGCAGAGAACAUGAUCAAGCUGUAUAAUGUCUUCAUCAAGUACGACGCCUCCAUGUUGGAGAUCAAUCCCAUGGUGGAGGACUCCUCUGGCAUUGUGAUGUGCAUGGAUGCCAAGAUCAACUUUGACUCCAACGCUGCCUACCGCCAGAAGGAGGUUUUCAACCUGCAAGACUGGACCCAGGAGGAUCCCCGAGACCGCCAGGCGGCCAAGGCUGACCUCAACUACAUCGGCCUGGAUGGAACGAUCGGCUGCCUGGUGAAUGGUGCGGGCCUGGCCAUGGCCACUAUGGACAUCAUCAAGCUGCAUGGGGGUACGCCCGCCAACUUCCUGGACGUGGGCGGCGGGGCCACCGCCCACCAAGUCACCGAAGCCUUCAAGCUCAUCACGUCUGACAGGAAGGUUCAGGCCAUCCUGGUCAACAUCUUCGGAGGCAUCAUGAGGUGCGAUGUCAUCGCCCAGGGCAUCAUCAUGGCUGUCCGAGAACUGGACCUCAAGAUUCCGAUUGUCGUGCGACUCCAAGGCACACGUGUGGACGACGCCAAAGCUUUGAUCGCUGCCAGCCCGCUGAAAAUCCUGGCCUGCGACGACUUGGACGAAGCUGCCAAAAUGGUGGUAAGGCUUUCGGAAAUCGUCUCACUGGCGAAGGAAGCGCAAGUGGACAUCACCUUUCAACUUCCUAUCUGAUCUCCUUCCCCUCUUCCGCAAGCACUUCCUGUUUGACCUCACCAGGACACUCCCCUUCCAGAAGUAGACCCACCUCCUUCCUCUGUGGCCUGAUGGUGGCGCUAUUACACAUUCACUAGCUUUUUUUGCUUCUUUUCCUCAACGUAUUUACACACUUUAAUGCGCACAAGUACACACUCCACACUAUACAUACACACCCCAAACUAUACAUACACACUCCACACUACACAUUCACACGUGCGUUAGUCACUACAGACACUUUCAUAUGCAUGCAGCAAACUAUACACACACACACACACACACACACACCCUUCACUCCACGACACAUACACAAUCCUUACUACACGGUGGCUGCUUAUUUUUGUGAUUUCCAAUGGAGAUGAAUUGUCAUGGAAGCCAUUUGGACCAUAAAAUACAGCAGGAAAUGAUAGUCGUAUAGCAAAACUGUUCCCCGUAUGGCAACCCCACGAGCAAAUGUGGCUGAGCGAUAACGCCUCUACCGGUAAGCGACUCAAUUUCCUCCCGGAUAACAUGCUGAUAAACAACAGUGCGGCAGUGAGUUUCAGGCAGAAGAUUGCGAUGUUCCGUAUUCCCCCCAAACCCUCCCAGGCUACCCCCCGCCUUGACUUCCAUUAGUUAGCGGCCAUUUUGUGUCGUAAUGAUUGUCGAGUGCAGUAUCACUAUCAAAAGCAAAUAGAUGUUGAAAUAUCGACACAAUCGUGAAAAUUAUAUUUGGACCAUGAUAACUUAUUAUUGCAAUGUCACUACUUGAACCACAUUAACAUCAUACUAUCACAAUAUGAAAUUUGUGAUAGUAUCAUGGUUAGCCACUCAUCACGUUAUUUGGACAAAGGUAGAGAUAAUUUAACGAUACAAUAUCAUGAUGUUUGACCAGCAAUAGAGUCACAACAGGAUAUUAUGAUAUUUGGCCAACAUUAACAAUUCGUGUUGCAUUGGUUGAACUAUUUUAGUAAUACUUUCACUAUAUUUGAUAACGAUAGUAUCACGAUAUUGCAGUAUUUAGCCAACACUUGUAGCAGUAUCACAAUAUGAUAUUACAAUAUUUGUAAUUAUCACGAUACUUUAUAUCUUUGGCCAAAUAUUGUAUUGAGAUACAGUGUCUGGAUAUUUGGCCAACUUAAGCCAUACUCUCCAGUAUCAAAGAUACUGAGACAGUAUCACGACAAAAUAUCUCAAACUUUGGACAAUGAUGGUGAAACGAUCAUAAGCCAAUAUUUGGCCAACAAUAGAGACAGUAGCACAAAAGGAUAUCACUGUAUUAGGCCAACUUUAGCAAUUAAUAUCACAAUAUUUGGACAAAGGUAGCAAUGCUAUGAUGAUUCAAUAUAAUGAUAUUUGGCCAAAAAUACAUGGUCACAACAGGAAAUUUGGGUAUUUGGACAGUGUUAGUAAUACAAUCACAAUAUUCAAUCACAGUGGUAUCAUGAUAUUGCAGUAUGUAGCCAACAAUACAAUAUCACGAUAUUUAAAAGUUAGUAAUACUAUCUCGAUACUUUAUCUGUGACCAAAUAUUGCAUCGCGAUUCGAUGUCUCAGUAUUUGGUGAACAUAAGCAAUACUAUCCUGAUACAAUAUUUGUCGAACGUUAGCGACAGUAUCAAGAAACACUUUCACGGUAUUUGGCCUACGUUGGCAGUUAGUACCACGAUAUUCAAGCAAAGGUGAUUGGUGACAACACUAUCACAUACGAUAUCUCAAUAAUUGGCCAAUAAUAGCGAAAAUAUCUUAAAAUGUAUUUCUAUUUAUAUGCUUCAAUAGUGAUACCGUCAUGUAGAGGGAGUAUCACGAUGCAAAAUCAGUAUUUGAUGCCAGUGUAGCGAUACCGUACCAGGAGAGCUAAUGAUGCAAGGAAUUGUGAUAUUUGAUGUUUGGAUUGAGAUAAUGAUACUAUUACGAUAUUGAGAAACGAGGAUACAAUCCAUCACAAAAUUUAAACUUGACACUAGUGUACCAAUACUGAACCACGAGAGAUAGUGAUACGCUGUGACAUUGUUUCAUGAUGACAACAUAUUUGAAAAGUUACCUCACGGUAUUCCCAAUUUAGCUCCACGCUAAAAGUCCCCAUUUGUCUUCCCCCUCCAGUUCCUCUCACGUGUUAGCUGCUAUCGACACUGAUCUCAUCCUGGUGAAUUAUUCAGCGCUGCUGUAAUGGACCUUUGUUUUUUUCUUUUUCGUGAAGAAGCAGCAGAUUCAGCUUCUGCUCCCCCGGGGAGAGCGAGCGAGUCUAAAUUUGGAGUUGUCACAACACUAAAUCACCUCGUGGGAUUUAAAAUUAAAAAUGUCCUUUUGAUUAAAAGGCGUUAUUACGCGGGAGGCUAAAAUGUCGCACGGCAGCUUUCGCGUUCUCUUACUUUUUUCACACGUUACAAGCCAACACUGGAAUUGCUCUUCCUUGCUUUAUAUUUAUUUGCUUCGACGUAACAAGAGUAAUCCUUAAUAGAGGCUACAUCUCUAUAUUUGGACAACCACGAUAGAGACAGUAUCAUAAUACAAAAUCUGUAUUUGAUCAAUAGCGAUUCAUAUCACAAUAUUUGGACAAAGGUAGCAAUACUAUCACAAUACAAUAUUGCGAUAUUUGGCCAGUGUUAGCUAUUAGUAUCACGGUGUUUGGACAGUAUUUAAAUAAUAUAAAGACUGAAUCUCAAUACGAUAUUUUGCUAAUGAAAGAGACAGUAUCACGACACAAUUUUCAGCCAAAGUUGCACAUGCUAUCACAGUCCGAUGUUCGGCCACAGAUAGACACGGUAUCAUGAUAUGACAUUGCAAUAUUUGGUAAUGUUUGUAUUCCAAUACGGCGGAAGACUGGUUAGAACAUCUGCCUCAGAGUUCUGAGGACCCGGGUUCAAAUCCUGCCUCACCUGUGUGGAGUUUGCAUGUUCUCCCCGUGCCUGUCUGGGCUUUCUCCAGGUACUCCGGUUUCCUCCCACAUCCCAAAAACAUGUAACAUGUAAUUGAGGACUCUAAAUUGUCCAUGAGUGUGAAUGGUUGUUUAUUUAUAUGUGCCCUGCGAUUGGCUGGCGACCAGUUCAAGGUGUACCCCGCCUCUCGCCCGAAGAUACCUAGGAUAGGCUCUAGCAUGCCCGCGACCCUAGUGAGGAUAAGCAGUACGGAAAAUGGAUGGAUGUAUUCCAAUAUGAUAUUGCACUAUUUGCUAUAUAUAUAUGAUAUUAUGAUAUCUAACGCUGCUUACAAUACGAUAUCACAAUAUUCAGUCAAUAACAGUGAUAUUAAAAUACAAUUUUGCAAUAUUUGAUCAUGAUAAUGCAUAAUACAUUAUUGCAAUAUUGAGCCAAUGAGAGCGAUAAUAUCCUGAUAUGAGAUCACUGUAAUGGUCUGUGCAAUAUCAUGAUAUUUGUGAAAAUGUAGCGAUAUCACCAUAUGAUAUUGGAGUAUGAGUCAACCAUUCUAUCAUGAUCUAAAAUUACUGUAUUAUGAUAUGGUAUCACAAUCUUUGAUGACAACAGUUUCUUUAUACAAAAUCGUGAGAUUUGGCCAAAGAUAGUGAAAUUAUUAGGACUAUAAAUCACAAUUUUGACAAUAGUAUUGCAAUAUGGUACUGCAAUAUUUGGCUAACGAUAGUGAUGGUAUUGCGAUACAAUAUCGCAAUAUUUGGUCCAAGAUAGCUAUAUAAUGAUACAAUAUUGCAACAUUUAUCAACGAUAUUAUUAUACAGUAUCACAGAAUUUACCAACGGUAUCACAGUGGUAUUGUGAUACAGAGAGAUACAUAAAGAAAAAAACUCAUCGCGAAACAUCUUUACGACAAUUGCCUGUCAACCCUGUACCAUGAGGGAAAUGAUACAACACGUGGCACUAUCAAUACUGUACCAAGACCGAUAAUGAUAUGUUGUGAGCUCUCGUUAUGCAGCCCCAUCACUUAUGUUCCGCCGCCAUCAUGCCACGUGGGACGUGAACCCCCCACCACCCUUUUGGGUUGUUUCUUGGGUUGUUUGUUUCCGUGACACAAGCGAUGUGAAUGAAAUGUUGUAAAUAACCAAAGUGAUGCUCUGCCUCUGUAAGAUAUUUCUUCUUCUUUACUCAUUAAACACAAGAAAAAUAAAGACAGGACAUG